AUGGCAGAAGAGAGCAGAGCCAAAAUGGCCACCACCUCAAGCGCGGAGCUUCUGCAAGCUGAGUCAGAGCUGGUGCGCCACUCCCUAGGCUACCUCAAGUCCAUGGCGCUGCACAGCGCGGUGAAGCUUGGGAUCCCCGACGCUCUCCACCGCUGCGGCGGCGCGGCCUCGUUGCCGGACCUGUCCUCCGCCCUCGCCCUCCCCUGCAGCAAACGGCCAUACCUGUCCCGGCUCAUGAAGAUGCUAGCCGUGGAAGGAAUCUUCACGGCCGUGGAUGUUCCCGCCGCCGGCGAGGGCGAGGGCGCCGCCACCGCGCCGAGCGUCCGGUACGGCCUCAACCCGGUGUCCCGCCUUCUCGUCGGCGGCGGCGUGUCCCCGUGCGUGCUCAUGGGCACCUCGCCGCUGUUCCUGGAGGCCUCUCUCCGGCUGCCCCAGUGGUUCCAGAGGGACGGCGAGGGCGAGCCGGCGUUCGCGAUGGCGCACGGCGAGAGCCCCUACGCCACCACCGGCCAUGACAUGGAGUUCAACGCGCUGGUGAACGAGGCGAUGGGGUCCGACAGCCGCUACAUGGCGGAGCUCGUCGUCCGCGAGUGCGGCGAGGUGUUCACGGGCGUAACGUCGCUGGUCGACGUCGGCGGCGGGAACGGCACCAUGGCGGCGGCCAUCGCCAAGGCCUUCCCGCAUGUCAGGUGCUCAGUGUUGGACCUCCCGCAUGUUAUACAAGGCCUCGUCUCAACGCAUGAGUCAGUUGAGUUUGCUGCCGGCGACAUGAUGGAAUACGUUCCACCAGCUGAUGCAGUUUUGCUUAAGUGUGUGCUACACAACUGGAGCGACCAGGAUUGUGUGAAGAUCCUGACAAAAUGUAAAGAGGCCGUUACCCAAGGAGCGAAAGCAGGGAAGGUGAUAAUCAUCGAUGCUGUUGUUGGAUCUCCCUCACACUCACAGCAAGUACUUGAAGCUCAAGUCUUGAUGGAUAUGCAGAUGAUGAUGCUGUUUAUGAGCAAAGAACGUGAGGAACUCAACUGGCAAAAGAUAUUCACCGAAGCAGGAUUUAGUCAUUACAAAAUACAGCAUGUCCUAGGAAUGCGAUCCAUUAUCCAACUCUACCCAUAG